AUGAGUUUUGAUCCAGCCAUAUUCCAGGCUGCGCUCCUGGAAGUGGCCGAGGCAACAAAGGCUGCAGCCAGUGCAGCCCAGGCCAUACAAAAUGCGCCACAACAAGCAGUGGUGACAUCUCCAGGUUCCAGCCCUAGCAGUUCCAAUGCGCAGAACGUGGAUUGGUCGAAACUUUUGAAUAAGCCCCCUUUGUUUGACUACAAGUCUUCAGAAGAUGAAAUACGUGCCUACAGGGAUUGGAACUGGCAACUUGCACAGUUUCUGAAUGCGAUUGACAGUGGGUACGAGAAGGAGCUUCAAUCACUGAUGGAUGAUCCAUCUCAUCCAUUUGACCUUGAAUCAGCUUCAGCAGAGACGCGCAACCGAAGCGCCAAGCUGUAUGGUCUGCUGGCAUCACUAUGCCGGAACAGGAGUUUGCAUGUGAUUAGAAGUGUGAAGAAUGGUGAUGGAUAUGAAGCCCUACGUCAGUUGACUUUGGCGCUGAGACCAUCAAGCAGUGGCAGGGGACUAGCUCUUAUGUCAGCCCUGACAAGCUGGCCACAGUUUGCUAUGAACCAGCAGUUACAGCCACAGGUCUUGCGCUUGGAAGAUGCACUUGAAGAAGCUCGCAAAGCAGGUGCGACGAUACCUGACCAACUCAAGCAGGCGAUCUUGUUGAAAUCAGUGAGUGGCCAACUCAGGACACACCUCAAUUUGUCCAUUCAGGAGACAACCACUUUUGCUGAAUUGAGGGAUCAUGUACUGCGUUGGGACAGGAGCCAACAACGUUGGAAUGGGCUUUUGUUUUCAGAAGAUGCAGCUUCUUCUACAGCUGCACCCAUGGAAGUUGAUCGUAUCUACUCUUCUGGCAAGAAAGGUGAGGAACCUUUGAUGCCUCAAGCUCAUGCGGUGGACAUUGAUGUGGCAGCGCCAGUGGCCCCAGAAGAUGAAGACGCAGUUGUUGGCGUUGAGAUUGAUGGUGAACGUGAUGUUGCAGUUGAAUUGCAAGAUGACGAGAUUGACAUGAGUUUCUUGGCUGAGAUGGAACGUGAGUUGAAUGAAGAAGAUGCAAAGCAUGUGCCCAUGACUCCUCCAGUCAUUGCAGCUCCAGUGCCUGCAAGUCCCCGUGCUUCACCAACAAGCCGUGCUCAUGAUGAAGGUGGAGAUGAGAGCCAUGAAUCAAAGAAGGCCAAGGUUGAGUCCCAAAAGAAAAUGAGAAUUGGGAUGUUGCGUGUAAGUGGAAGAAAGGCACCGAAGCCUUUUGGUUGCUUGAAGGAUUCACGGAUGCAGAUUGGUCCCAGCGUGUUUUCACUCAGCUCAGCGGAAUCAGAACUUCACAGUAUGAUUUCUGGGACAUGUGAUGCGAUCUUUGUGAAGAAUUGCAUGGAGUUUUUACUGCAGGUGCAAAUUGAGCACCACCAGUUCACAGACAACUCUGCAGCAAGACAGCUGAUUGGAAGGCAAGGGGUAGGCCGGAUUCGCCACCUCUCAGCCAAACUUCUUUGGCUCCAAGACUUGACGCGCUUGGGUGAGGUCAACGUGUCCCAGGUGCCAACCUUCUGGAAUUACAGUGAUGUUGGAACAAAGAAUCUCAGCAAAGCCCGACUUUACUUCCUCCUGUGUGGCAUUGGUGCAGUUGAUCCUAUGACUGCAGAACCCAUUGGACAGGAGGAGUACGAUGUUGCAACAGAAAGAGAUGAAAGCCGAAAGGCAUUGAGCAAACUGGGAAAGGCCAUCAAAAGGAUCAGCCUGAUUCUUGGAGUGCAAAGCCUUGAGUCUUUGGCAGCGGAGGCAAAAUUGUUGGAGAUUUGUCCAAAGAAUGUCAAGGCGGUCGAGCGUGACAACAGUGCUGGUCUUUGGACGGCAGUUUGCGUUUUAUGCGUUUUGGUGAUGAUUCUGGCAACAGCAUUUUGCUGUGUAUGGAAGAAGUUCAACAAGCGCUUGAAGGAACAAGUAGAAGCGAUGAAACAAGUGCAAAAUGAUGUAUUCCAAUGCUGGAGUCAGGUAGCAGAUGAGGACAGUUACAUAGCAACUCAGGAGGCAAGGAUCACCGAGAUCCACAACAGACUGAUGAUGCAUGAUGGACGUUUGAUUGAGCAAAGCAACGAGCAUUCAAUGUUGCAUGACUACGCGUGUGGUUUGCAUUAUGGUUUGGUUGAGAGCGGUGGAUUUCUGCGUUUUGGCUUUGGUCUCACAACUGACCAAUUUACAAGCUUGGCAAUGCAUGAGCGUGCAAACUUGGUAGCUCAUGGAGCAAUGGGAUCAGAGCAAUACUUGCGUUUGGUCAGGCAACGUGCCAAGUCUGAACAUGCAGACACCACGGACGUACCAAUAAACCAUGGUGCAAACAUCAAUGUGGAAAACAACAAUGAUGAACAGGCAGAAUCAGAGACUUCAGAUGAUGACGAGAUGAUUGAUGAGGGAGAACAAAGAGUUUCCCCCAUGACACAGUUGAUGGAAAAUGUAAAGGAACAGCAUGGUCUUGCAGUUCAACGUGGAGAUUGGAGGGAUGCAAAUUCAAUCCAAUCCUUCAUCCUCACGAUGAUUACUGCAAUCAGUGGAGGCAUUGAUGAAAAUCUGAUAAACCAAUACCGUGAAAGAGCAGCAGAUCUUUUCCUCCAGUUGGCAGACAAUGCAAGGCCAAGCCGACCUGAAGCAUGUGCAACCUAUGGAAGAUUUGAAGCAAAGCUGCGAAAUCGAGAACGUUGA